AUGGCGGAUUUAAACCAGGAGUCGCUGCUCGCGCACAAGCGCACGUUCAUGGAGUUCCUCGACCCCGAGAACCCCAAGUCGCGCUACAUGCAGCGAAUCAACGCCAUGGUGGACGCGGGCAAGCACCGCCUCCUCAUUGACCUCUCGGACCUCCGAUCCUUCGAUCCGCACCUCGCCCGCAGGCUCAUCCGCACGCCAGGCGAGCUGUACCCGGCACUAGUGAGCGCAGUGGAGGAUGCAGUGAAGCUGGCGCACCCCAAGCACCUGCUCGAGUCUGCAGCCACAGGCGUGGGGGGCGGCGAAGUGAGCGUGGGGUUUGAGGGGCCGUUUGGGUUCCACCAGGUGUCCCCCCGCGAGCUGCUCUCGCCCUUCCUCAACUCGCUCGUCUGCGUGCACGGGAUUGUCACCAAGUGCUCCUCGGUGCGACCCAAGGUGGUGCGCAGUGUGCACUACUGUCCGAACACGGGGGCCUUUUCCUCUCGGGAAUAUCGAGACGUCACUGCACUCACUGGCCUGCCCACGCCCGCCAUCUACCCCACCAAGGACGACAAGGGCAACAUUUUGGUCACAGAGUUCGGCCUGUGCCGGUACCGCGACCACCAGGCGAUGGCGAUGCAGGAGAUGCCUGAGAACGCCCCUGCAGGGCAGCUGCCACGGUCACUGGAUGUGCUGCUAGAGGACGACCUAGUGGAUGCAUGCAAGCCGGGGGACCGCGUGGCCAUAGUGGGCAUCUACAAGGCCGCUCCCAUGCGCGCCACUGGCACCAUCAGCGGCACGUUUCGAACCGUUCUUGUGGCAUGCAAUGUGAUGCAGCUGAGCAAGGAUGCAGUGGCGCCGCGAAUGACAGCAGCAGACGUGAGGGCAGUGAGGGCGCUGGCAGCACGGGCAGACGCGUGGGGAGUGGUGGGGGAGUCGCUGGCGCCAUCCAUCUGUGGGCAUGCGUGGGUCAAGAAGGCCUUGGCGCUGCUGCUGCUGGGAGGAGUCGAGAAGAACUUGCCUAACGGGACCCACAUAAGAGGGGCAGUUGAGUUGCUGGUGUGGGAUGGUGCUGGUGUGGGAUGGUGCUGGUGUGGGAUGGUGCUGGUGUGGGAUGGUGCUGGUGUGGGAUGGUGCUGGUGUGGGAUGGUGCUGGUGUGGGAUGGUGCUGGUGUGGGAUGGUGCUGGUGUGGGAUGGUGCUGGUGUGGGAUGGUGCUGGUGUGGGAUGGUGCUGGUGUAGAGGAGAUAAAAUAUGUCAGGGUGUUGGGCGGUCCCUCCCUCCCUCGGUCAGGGUGUUGGGCGGUCCCUCCCUCCCUCGGUCAGGGUGUUGGGCGGUCCCUCCCUCCCUCGGUCAGGGUGUUGGGCGGUCCCUCCCUCCCUCGGUCAGGGUGUUGGGCGGUCCCUCCCUCCCUCGGUCAGGGUGUUGGGCGGUCCCUCCCUCCCUCGGUCAGGGUGUUGGGCGGUCCCUCCCUCCCUCGGUCAGGGUGUUGGGCGGUCCCUCCCUCCCUCGGUCAGGGUGUUGGGCGGUCCCUCCCUCCCUCGGUCAGGGUGUUGGGCGGUCCCUCCCUCCCUCGGUCAGGGUGUUGGGCGGUCCCUCCCUCCCUCGGUCAGGGUGUUGGGCGGUCCCUCCCUCCCUCGGUCAGGGUGUUGGGCGGUCCCUCCCUCCCUCGGUCAGGGUGUUGGGCGGUCCCUCCCUCCCUCGGUCAGGGUGUUGGGCGGUCCCUCCCUCCCUCGGUCAGGGUGUUGGGCGGUCCCUCCCUCCCUCGGUCAGGGUGUUGGGCGGUCCCUCCCUCCCUCGGUCAGGGUCGACAUCAACAUGCUCAUCAACGAUCCCUCGGUCGCCAAGUCGCAUCUGCUCAGUGUGGCCUUGCUUGCACAUAGACCCAACACCCCCUCCCCUUCCCCCCUCCCUCUUCCCCUCUCACAGCGACAUCAACAUGCUCAUGGUGGGCGAUCCUUCAGUCGCCAAGUCGCACCUGCCAACUGCUGCCAUGCCCCCCUCCCCCCCGCCUGUGUUCACUCACCCCCCCUGCAGAGACGUCAACAUGCUCAUGGUGGGCGACCCUUCAGUCGCCAAGUCGCAGUUUCUUCGAGCCAUCAUGCAUGCCGCCCCCCUCGCCAUCUCCACCAAUGGGAGGGGCUCUUCGGGAGUGGGGCUGACUGCUGCUGUCACCACCGACCAAGAGACGGGUGGGCUUGGUGUGACCGGAGCAGGUGGGGUUGGUGUGAGCAGGAGAGGGACAGGCGAGAGGAGGCUGGAAGCAGGAGCCAUGGUUCUGGCAGACAGGGGCGUGGUGUGCAUCGAUGAGUUUGACAAGAUGAGCGAUGCCGACCGUGUUGCUAUCCAUGAGGUGAUGGAGCAGCAGACAGUGACAAUCGCCAAAGCAGGGAUCCAUGCUUCCCUCAACGCUCGCUGCAGCGUUGUUGCUGCUGCAAAUCCCAUCUACGGAUCCUACGACCACUCCAUCAGCCCCAUGCGCAACAUCGGCCUGCCGGACUCGCUGCUGUCGCGAUUCGAUCUGCUCUUCAUCCUCGUGGAUCAGAUGGAUGCUGACGUGGACACCCGCAUAGCCAAUCACGUGCUCCGCAUGCACCGCUACCGCCUCCCGGGCGACGACGGAACGCUAGCGCCAGGGGACAUACCCAUGGCCGCAACACAUGCAGAUGAGGAAGAUGAGGAAGAAGAGGGGGGAGAUGCAGUCGACCCAGAUGCUUCCGCUGCUGCAAUGGACGGUGAAGAUGAUGCCAAUCCGGCCACUAGCCGGCCUAGGACCAGGAGUGGGGGUAGAGGAGGAGGGGAUGGGGCUGGUGGGAGUGGGGGAAGGGGAGGGGGCAGCAGUGGUGCAGCUGAUUUGGCGGCGAACUUAGUUAAGUACGAUCGCUUACUGCACGGGGAGAGGAAGGCCGGGGAGCCGAUAAGGAAGAUACUUAAGAAGCGGUUUCUGAAGAAGUUCUUUCACUUUGCCCGCGGCCGCACCCCCGUGCUCUCAAAUCGGGUAAGAGACGCUUUUCCUCCCCGUUCCCCCUGUGCUGCUGGACUGCAGGCAGCAGAGAAGAUAGCACAGGCAUACGCGGAUAUGAGGGCUCAGGGCAUAGUUGUUUCAUUCUGCUUGUUGCUGCACAAUCAUUCUCCCCCUCACGGUCCCUCUUUCCCCCACGGUUCGUUCUCCCCCCGCCCCCCGCGUUCCCCCUCUACUGGACUGCAGGCAGCAGAGAAGAUAGCACAGGCAUACGCGGACAUGAGGGCGCAAGGCAUGGACGCGAGAAGGAGGUCGGAUCAAGGCACUCUCCCUGUAACGGCCCGUUCUCUCGAGACGAUGAUCCGCCUGUCGACAGCACAUGCCAAGCUGAAGCUGCGGCGAGAGGUGUUGGAAUCAGACGUGGCAGCGGCGUUGAGCCUGCUGGACUUUGCUCUGUACCAUCGCGAGCUGGAUGAGACGGACAAGCGGAUGGAGGAGGAGAGGCAACGCGUGGAGCAGCAAAGGAAAGAGGCUGCUGCUGCCGCCGCCGCCGCCGCCGCUGCUGCCGCAACUGCUUCUGCUGAUGGUGCUGCCGAUGGGGCUGCUGAUGGUGCUGGUGCUGCUGAUAGUGUGGGCGGAACCGCAGCAGCAUCAGCUGGGGGACGGACAAGGCGACGAGGCGGGCGCAAGACAAGGUCCCGUGGGAAGAGGCAACGCAGGGAUUCACAGGCGGAAGGGAGCGAGGAGGAAGAGGAAGAAUAUGCGGAGGAGGAGGAAGAGGAGGAAGAGGAGGUGGAGGAGAUUGAGAUGGAGGAAGCACCUGCGGCUGGGGUUCCACACCUGGGUGAUCCGGCACCUGCUUCUGCUGCCGAUGGGGCAUUUACUGCUGAAAGAUUCGACGCCUUCCAGCUGGCGUUCAGUGAGCACGCGGUGGCAGCGCGGGUCGAAUCGAUAGCAGUGGACGAACUGGCAGAGGUGGUGAACAAGCGAUGGCCGGGGAAGAGCUUCACCCGGGCUGAAAUCGAUGCCAUGCUGGAGCAAAUGGAGGUCAAUAACCGAGUCAUGGUUGCAAGCGGCAUUGUGCACCUCAUAUAG